CCCCCGGCAUGGCCGCCGCCCCGGCCCCCGGCUACCUCGUCUCCCCGCAGAGCGAGAAGCACCGCCGGGCCCGGAACUGGACGGACGCGGAGAUGCGGGGCCUGAUGCUGGUCUGGGAGGAAUUCUUCGACGAGCUCAAGCAAACGAAGAGGAACGCCAAAGUUUAUGAGAAAAUGGCCAACAAACUCUUUGAAAUGACGGGGGAGAUUCGCCACGGGGAGGAGAUCAAGAUAAAAAUCACCAACAUGACCUUCCAGUACCGGAAAUUAAAAUGUAUGACUGAUAGUGAAACCUUGGCACCUGAUUGGCCUUAUUUCAAAACCAUUGAUAGAAUAUUAUCUAAAGUCUCGGAGCACAAUGACAUGAAAAUUCACGAUAGCCAGCAACCAGGUCCUUCCACCUCACAAACUGAAGCUUCACAGUCACCAUCCACCAAAUCGGGACCUCUCUAUUUGCCCUAUAAUCAGUUCACAUAUGAAGGACGAGAAGAAUUCUUUGAAGAUGAGCAUUCGGAGAGUUCCUCCAGCCUGAUUUCAUAUAAAUUAAGGACAGAAGAGAGGCCUGUAAAGAAAAGAAAGAUGCAAAGCUGUAGCUUCCAAAAGAAGAAAUUAAAGCUAAUGGAGGCCAUGCUAGAGGAGCAAAAGAAACUGAGCAGAGCCAUGGAAGAAACCUGCCGGGAGGUGCGAAGGAUUCUAGAUCAACAGAACAUUAUCCAAGUUCAGAGUCUGCAGCUGCAAGAGAGAAUGAUGAAUCUAUUGGAAAAAAUGAUCACCAAAGCCAAUGCUUAAUUCCUCCUGGAAAAAAGCAAUAUUAAUCUAUUUUAUAGAAAUGGCUUGUUUCAUAUCCCUAGGAUAGCUUCUUCCUUCCAGUUAAUGAAAUUUUAAACUCAACCUUGAUCUCCAAGAAUCUCCUUUCAUGAAAAUCCAUGCUCUAAUGCCUUGACAUGCUUGGUUUCCUGCUUGAAAGCAGCACAAAUCUUAGCAGUACCUGAAGAAAAACUAAGGUGUAUGAACAAAAGUGAUGUACAGAAGCAAGAAAGUCAGAAGAUGAACUGCUCUGCUGGACUUCAAGCACCAGGUCCAAGCCCAGGCCAAAGAAAGAGGUCCAACUCAACCCCAGGACAAGACGCUCUGGAGACUUCCUGUGCUGAAGAGGAGGUGGGAAAGCUGGAGCUGAGAAGGCAGAGACUGUGAUGCUCCCUGCAGGAGAAGCAAGCG